GAGGACUGCUGGUCUGUUUACAUGUGCCGUUUAAAGCUGAAUUGCAGAAGUUUAGAUUUUCCGCUUUUCCCCCCAAUUGGCUAGUAGUGUUCUUUAUGUCUGUAGCCGUCAAAAUGUCACAGUCUUUGCUUUAAUUGUUAAAGGAGAAGAAGGAAGUCGGCUGUAUUUUGUCAGUAAAUGAUUAUCAGUAUCUACCCUCUGUGCAGAGGAAUGAGGAAGUUCAAAAGCGGCAACUAAAAGAGGAAGACAGUCUCUCACUAACAUACAGGUGGAACCUCUCAUGGACUCAGCACCAGCUUUUGUGAGGUUUUUCUAAUAUAGCAAUGGCUACAGCAGUCUUCCCAAAUCGGAUGGAUCCUCCAGAUUGUGUGGGCUCCUCAACUGAACUGAGAACUCAGGGUGGCUCAGAGAACAACCUGAAGUUUAUUUGUGAGUUUAGGCCUGAGGAAGGCAACAGUGCAGACAGCGAUUAUGAGUCUGUGACUGUCAUCCUCCCUGCGCAGUGCAGCAUCAGCCAGUUGAGGCUACGCAUCUGCAUGAAGGCACAAGAACAAAACUGCCAUCCUGAUCCACUUGCAAUAUUGGAUCCUGAGAAAUACAUCCUGUUGUAUGCCAGAGGGGACGACUGGUAUGAAGCCCAUGAUGACUGUCAGAUCAUCCGGACAUUAGAUAUCCCAUGGUCACAUGAUGAUUCUCUGUGUCUAGUGGCGCACAUAGUAGCAAAGCCUCUGGUCGCUGGUGAUUCAGAACAAAAGAAAAGUCAACAGGAGUGUUUGACUUACUUGAUUGGACAUGACCUGGACAAUGAGGCGUCAGACAGACUUGGUGAACUUACAGUCACCCGGAGGAAGCUGGCAUCUCCACGAAGGCUGGAGCUGAGGAGUCGGGAUGAGGUUCUGUAUGCCACAGAGCCCUGGGUUACCCAGGCACCCAUCCCUAAUGAGCUGGAAGAAUGGCUAAACAGGAAGCUUCGUCUCACCCUGCACUACAUGAGCAAGAUCAGCUUCAGCAUACAGGUUGAUUUGAAGGCAACUCCAAAUGUUCUUCUUGAGGUUUUUAGAAGGGUUAUGGCAGAUCAAAGGGUCGAAUAUAACACUUCUGAAGAGUUGGUUUUGAAGGUCUCAGGGAGGGAGGAGUUCUUGUCUGGUGAAACCAGUCUUUGUGAUUUCCUUUGGGUUCGACAGUGUUUGAAAGCCAAUCAGGAUCUCCACCUUUCUGUUGUCCCUGUCUCACAACUUGCUGCAGAUACUGUCAGAUUUGAAGACUGGCCACUUGUUGAUGGUUUCAGUGGUCAGUUCAGCUCCCAUGAUGAUCUUAGUCUCCUAGGCAAAUAUCUGGAUGACAUCUUCAUGAUUUCUUUGUGGGACUGCAACAGAAAGUUCAGAGUGAAACUGCUUGGCUUUGAUAUUCCACAACUGCCAAACAAGCCCCCUCACUCUGUCUAUGUUGAAGCAUCCAUACUUUACGGCGGCAAAGUCCUCUGCUCAGUAUACUCCCUUCCCAAGAUUUUUGGAGAUGAAGUACUUUGGAAUGAGUGGCUGGAAUUUGACAUUUUCCUCCGGGACCUGCCUCGUGGAGUCAAGCUGAGCUUUACCAUUAAUGCCUGUGCUAGCGACGUCUCUCCAACAACCAGGGAGCCAAAGCCGGGAUUCUCCAGAGACUCCAAGGUUUCAGUCAACAAGCAUACAGACACGCAGAAAGGAAAGACAAAGAUCCUUUACUUUGUCAACCUCCUUCUCAUAGAUCACCGGUCUGUCCUGAGUCAGGGUCCCUACACCCUGCACAUGUGGUCCUAUCCUGACCUGGAGGACGGAGCCAUCACCUACCAAGCCGAUAAGCUGUCCUCCGCUACAAACCCACAUAUAGAUGAGUCCAUGGCCAUCAGCUUCCUUCUAGACCGCUACAGCUUCCCUGUGGUUCUCCCAAACACCUUCAGCCACAAUGACGGGUCUGACAGUCCGACCUCCGACCUGUUCCCUGACAAAUCUACUUCCUCAACCCAGUGCACUUCAUCCACCACUGAUUCUCUUUCUCCACAUGGGAAAUUUCUUCUGCCUCCAAAGACUGACAAGGUAACUCUGAGGUCUCCAUCACCCGUCUUUAACACCAAGAGGGAUUACCUCAAGAGGUUUCGGGAGGAGAGUGUCCAGUAUGGCUCCAACCUUCCCCACUUCUUGCGUAAUAUUAACUGGUUGGAUCGCAGGGUGGUGGAGGACGUGCACUGGCUACUGGGACACUGGGAUCCUGGGGAACUGGAUGUACAUGUGGCGCUAGAGCUGCUAAGUAUGGAUUUCCCAGAUGAGAUUGUCAGGAAACUAGCAGUAAAGAGACUGGAGAGUCUACCCGAUGAUGAUGUGCUCAAAUAUUUGCUACAGCUGGUGCAGACCCUGAAAGUGGAGCCUUACCACGACAGUUUUCUUGCUCGGUAUCUUAUUCAAAGAGCUCUGCGGAGCAAGAGAAUCGGCCACUUCUUCUUCUGGUAUGUGCGCAGUGAGGUUGCAGGGUGCCCAUACUUCCGCCAGCGCAUGGCAGUGAUUCUGGAGGCCUACCUGCUGGGCUGCGGCCAGGCCAUGAUCGACAGCUUCACCCAGCAGGUGCAGGCCGUGGAGGCCCUGCAGGAAGUCGCGAUGAUUAUCAAGAGACUAUACCCAGACAAAACAGAUCUUCCUUCCUCAGCUCCACUCAAGCUGCAGGAGCUCCUCAGAACCAGUAAUCUGCCAAAUGAAUUCCUAUUGCCCUUUGACCCCCGCAUCAAAGUGGGAACGAUUCUGCUGGACAAAUGCAAAGUGAUGGCCUCAAAGAAGAAACCUCUGUGGCUGGAGUUCUCACCAAUGCCAUCGCCCACCUCCAGCACACCCGUCGGGAUUAUCUUCAAAGAGGGAGACGACCUCCGACAGGACAUGUUGGUCAUCCAGACGUUGGUGGUAAUGGAGUCCAUCUGGCAGGAACAAUCUCUGGACCUUAACCUGAUUCCAUAUGGAUGCAUCUCCACAGGACACAACAUAGGAAUGAUUGAAAUAGUGAGGAAUGCAGCGACCAUUGCUGCAGUGCAGAGAAGCCACGGCGGAACGACUGCAGCCUUCAGAAACGAUGCUCUGUUUGAGUGGCUCAAGUCCAAGUGUCCACUCCAGGAAAUACACUAUAAGACAGUGGAGAGGUUUGUGAAGUCCUGUGCAGGAUACUGUGUGGCCACCUACGUCCUGGGAAUAGGAGACAGACACAACGACAACAUCAUGAUCACCGACCAAGGAAACUUGUUCCACAUCGACUUUGGUCACAUCCUGGGUAACAGGAAGCACUUCCUUGGAGUGAGCCGGGAGCGGGCACCGUUUGUCCUCACACCCGACUUCUUAUAUGUAAUGGGCAGGGUCAAAGGUCGAAACAGCCUCUACUUUCAGCGGUUCAGGGAUACCUGCACCCAGGCCUACCUCUUACUGCGCUCCCACUCCCGUCUGCUGGUCACGCUGUUCUCCCUCAUGCUGCUCACCGGCAUCCCGGAGCUGAGCGCCGCCGAGGACAUGCGCUACCUGCGGGAGGCGCUGCAGGAGGACCAAACUGAGGCUGAGGCCAAGGAGCAUUUCCUCCAGCGGAUCGCAGAGUGUGAACACCUGGGCUGGACCGUACAGGCCAACUGGUGGAUCCACAUGGUGGCAGGCAUCAAGUAGAACGUGCAGGAAGUGGGGAAGCGAAAUGUCUGAUUUGUAUUUAGGCUUUGAGAAAUGGAUGUUGUGUUCACGCCUAGCUUUUCAGGCUAUGAGACGCAUUUCUUUCUUUCAUCAUCUUUUUGAAUUCAGUCAAGUUGACUCUUUUUACAUGUGGAUGUGCUCAGCACUCUAUUUCUUGUUGGCUUCUGAUAUUUUAAAUUUUACCCAAUCACUAAUGUUUGGCCAUGACAUGUGCAAUACAACAGACUGAUGCUAACAAGCUUACUGGAAAUUGCCUGCUCUGCAAACAAGCAUCAGAGAACAGCCAGCAGAACGAGGCGUUGAUGUUAACUCAACAAUUGGAAGAGUGACCGACGCGGACCGAUGGCUUCGUUCACUUCCUCUGUUGCCAAUCGAUAAAACUACAGACAAUUCUGAAUACCAACGAUAACGUUGAUUUUCUGCACAAUGACAGAAAUGGCUUGGUAAAAAAUUCUACCAGAGGCAAUCCACUUCAAUGGGAGAAAGCCUAAACAGAGCAGUGAAGUGUGAUGUGAAUCAAGCGGACUUGUGUUGGAAGUCAAGGGUCAGGUUACCAGAUAUCAGCACGGUAUUUUUUUUUUUUUUUUUUUGCAGGGACAAUGUAUAUUGUACUAUUAUAAAGAGGUGUUUUGAUUUAAUUCGCCAUGACAAUAUAUUAUUAAAUCUGAUAUAAUGUACAAAAUACUGUAGAUCUAUACUAGAUCGCAUCUCAAUUUCCUUUAAAUUAUCCUGAAAAUAAUUUUUAAAAAAUUUAAUAUAAACACUGAGCCUCACUCGUACAUAGCCAUGUUUUUAUUAUUUGUCUUAUCUAAAAUGUCUUCUCUGAUGCUGUUGUGACAGCAUCUGUUCUUUCUUGGGUUUAAUAAAGUUUGUAUCGGACCAAGCGG